GGUUCUCCUUACCUACCAGCCAAAUAAUAGCACCUUUUCCAGAUGUCUCUUGCAGAUCAGCUUAAGCGUUUAGCCGUCCCGGUUGUUACAAGCUAUUCCGUGGAUCUUGUGCGCCGCAAGUCUUUGGUAUACGACGAUCCUUCCAAAGUUGAUACGCUUACUUGCUACCAAAAAAGCGUGAAGGCCUUUGAGACACUAGUCCAACGUGAUAAUGUGUUUGCUGCUUUCGCGCAAACGCUCUUCGCUGAGACUUCAUGCAGUUUGGAAAUGUGCAACUUGUUUGAUGCAGAGAAAAAGCAGCUGGACGAUGUGAUCUCACGAUUCUUAUUUUUUAUCUCUCCUUUCCUUCGAUUCUCUGAGGUACUGCAUGCUGUUGAGUGGUUGGUGCACAAAUUUCAGGUUCACAUUUAUUAUGUCGAAGACUUUAUCCGUUGCGUUAUGCCUUAUCACGAAACAGGUGUAUUUCCAAAGUUUCUGCAACUGAUUGACUUCAACGCGUGUCCAUCGGAGUUUAGAUGGAUGAAACCUUACGCGGAGGCUGGUAAAAGUAUGUCACGACCUCAGCUGUCUCGCGAAUGCCUUCGUCAACCGUCAUUAAUCCCCUUCCUAUGUGGGCUAUUUUUGAAUGCCAUUAAACUCUCCAAAGAGUGCAAUCCCGGCCGCCUAAACGAUCUGGCAAAUUUCUUCCUCUCUACUCUCACUGCCCUGUGCGACAAGGGCAUCCCGGAUACCCAACUGGCCAACGUGGUCGAUUCAUUCCAAUAUGUGAUUCAGUCAGGGUUACGUGCCGAGCACUGUCCCCCGUUCCAAUCAGCCGCCUGUUUGAUAGCAAUUCGUUUAAGCUUGAAGCUGAGGCUGAAUCACACUCUGAUUCUCAACUGGAUCGAAGCGCUGCUGCGACACAGUCGUCCCACCAAUGCUUGGGAGUCUCUGCGUGUCAUCAUAAAACUAAUGAGGCACCAACAGAUCCCAUUGCUGCCGGAGAAAUUUGCCAAGCGAUACUCCAAACUGUGCGCAGAACUUUCCACGUCCGAACGCGAACUACUCGAGGCAGAGGAGAAUCUGCUUAUUGAAAAGUCGGAUGCCAAUCAGUUGGCCGUAGAUGCUCUGAAAAACAAGCCACACGUGCAGGCAGCGACCAUGUUGGUGGAUCUUGAAAUCCCCGAACCUACCUCCAGAGCUGCCAUCACGCCUGCUCACGUUCCUGAUAAUGUCGAACUUCUUCCGGAUUUUCAGUCACAGUUGAACGUUCUUCAUGCUCUGAUAGCUUCACUUCCUGAUCCCGGAGGUGGUUGUCUCUUCAACAAUGAACAGUGCCCUUGCCCCAAGCUAUCCAGUGUUCACUGUGAUCAAAACUGGCUGUGUGAUCUCUUGUACCCUGUACUAUUGUCGGCAUCUUCAAGUUCAUUUGCCGCUUCACGAUUUGAUCUUCGUCGAACUCAUCGGCUACUCGAGUGCACGCGCAGAGCCAUAGCAGCCCACGUCGAGGCCUUUCGUUUACCUUUCUCACCACCGAACACUCGAUCUUCAAGUGCUGCUAAGAGCCCCUCCAACCAACGAACACCUUCAUAUAGGCCGUCUUUCUCAAAGACCCAACGCACAUUAGAACAUGGAUUGGACCGAGCUUUACCAUUACUGAUCGCAUUUUUGUCGCACCCUGCCGCUUCCGUUCGAACCGAAGUUUACCGUAUGUUGGCUUUCUGGCUAGCCGAGUUAACGCGCAACGGGUGGACUGCGGAUGAAACAAUCAAUCCUUUUCUUACAGAGACACUUCGCCUCCUUGGGGCAACUGGCGCAGUGAAUCCUAUCACAAACACAACUGAAUUGUUACCCGAGGCAUUGGAGGGCCUGUUACUGGGUGAUCCUCUCUUUAAUUUGGGCACUUCGGCGCCUCGGCUAGUCAAGGUUGCCAUCCAUUUACUGUUUAGUGAAUCCUUAUCCUUCUCACCUGGAGUUAUGGACAUACCAGUGCUCUUGUGGACGUACGGCCUGCGUUUCCUAUCGGACAGUGGCAUCAGCGAACUCUUCCACGUCCGGUCAUCCAGUGCUUGGGUGGAAUUUCUGGACCUCAUUCGACGCGGGAGCGUUGUCUACCCGGCUCUCCACUCAGCUUGCCUCUCACUCCUCACCCCUGACCUGUUCUCUACAUUGCGUUCUUUGACUUCCAGUAAAGGCACACCUCACGGGGGAUUAGCGGGAGAAACGGGCAGUGCUCAGUUGCAGUUGCUGGAUGCAUUGCAUGACCUGGCGAUGGCGGAGACGUCCGACUACAACCUGGUCGAAACAGUGCUAACAAGACUUUCAUUGGGUACUCAACAUUUGGAUUACCUUCUUGUCAAGUUGGACACCUCCAGAGCUGCGAUAGCACACUCAGCCAAUAAAUCACUCUACGCUCGAGUAAUUGAAGCUCGCGAGCACCGCCGCCAGCAAUUGAAGCAAUCGAACACCCCAGCUGGAGAAGACUCCACAGAAGUGACCAAGUUGACGAACAUACACAGCACCAGACUGAGUACCCAACGUUUGAAGCUACUCGGAUCGCUGCUAAUCAUUAUUACCGACUCCGUUGAGCGAUUGCAUUCUUCUGGGUCCUUGCAGUCCGCAAAAUCCGACCAGAACGAUUCCGUUUUACACAUACUCUCUAGACUCACCCCAGAUUUGACUGUGAAUUCCAGAUCAAUCCGCACAUUGUCCAGCCAGAAGCCAGACGGUGUUUCGAUUCUUGUCUUGCUUACCCCACUGGUGAACCACCUCGUUAGUCUACUCAAUGAGGCUCACACCUCGGCCUCUCCAAAGUCGAUCACGAGUGCAUCUGAGUCUGAUGACGAUGCUGAUACUUCAGUUGGACCACUUCCUAUGGACCUCGAUUUGUCUGGCUGUGCUGAUACUCCCAAAUGCGUUGGUUCACUCUCUCCCUGUAUGCCGUCACUUGUUCGCCACUGCGUGUAUCGUUUGUUAGUCUGUAUGACUGCCAUUCUUGCAGAAAUUAACCGCACAUCUACGAAAAGGCGUCCUCGGCGUUUGCGUGUUCCAUCGUCUCCGGACACUCACAGCACAUCCACCGCUCUCCUCGCUGCACAGUCAGCUGUGGAUCCUGUGUUUCAGUGCCUGCCAACCUACCCGGAUUGGGCUGCUCUACAUCAGCAGGUGUUGUUGUGUUUCGUCGAGCUGGCGGCUAUGUUCCCAGUUGUUUUGUGCGAACGUCUCGUGAGCCUCAUUCAGUGGGUCACAAACAGUCCUCAAUUCAUGCGCCUCGACACUGUGCACAGUUUGUCUCUUGUCGGGCGCCUCAUCGUGAUCGCAGUUCCCGCGCUAAUACAAGCCUCAACAGACCAAACCAAGUCGGCCCUACAAGUGCUGGUUCUAUUUGUCGACGGUUUACCCGCUUUGACAGGUCGCUUCCCAAAACGUCGUUUGGCAUUUUACACCGGUCUUAUUCGUGGUCUGGCUCAUUCUACCAGUCCGUUUGCCUUGGAGUUUCUGUCCACUACACCGAUCAAAGGCAAUCUCAUCAAGUCGGAUAAGCAGAAACGGCGAUUGGAGCGCCAACAACACCGCACCAUCGUCGAACGUUGCAAACAGGCCUGGAUUGGCAGUUGGUUGUGGGCCACCUCCCUAGUUUUUCUCAAUCGUGAUUGGUUCGACAAAGCCACAGCCGAUCAAGUUGUUCCCUUACUGCUCGAAUUGCACAACCAGUUUGCUUGGGAUGUGCAAGUGAACGCGUGGUACGAAUGUCUCACCUUUUUCCUAUGGGUGAGCAAACAUAAUAGCCCUUCGGGAGGCAUCGCUCGGUCCAAAAAAUUGUCGAUCUCGGAUAUGCACGCUCCUCCGCUUGAGGUCGUAGAUACAGAGAUUUCAUCUCCACCAUCGAAACGGAGACUCACAGAUCCAGGAACGAGCGAUCGUACCUCGCAGGCACUCGAGCUUUCCAUGGAUCUCACUGUCGACAAACUGUCAUCGCCUCGAGUCACCGAGGCUCUAGUCACCGCAUUGUUCGGGGGCGAAAGCGACCGCUCCAUGACGGUGAAUUCCACCAGCCCAUCGUUUAGCAUUUUCUCCAUGUGGUCAUUGAUUUCUCGGGCUGUGCAGUUGCUCAACUCCUUGCUAUCAGAUCCAACUUAUGAUCAUAAGCUGCAAACCGCAUCGAACGAUCCGCUGGGUUUUGGAGCCGUCUAUGGUCGAUUGGUUCAGCAAAUCGUACAACUCAUGCUGAACGCAUCGGCCGUUCUGACGGAUGAUGUGACAACACCGACGUCCACUGGACCCAGUGAACCAUCCGCCAUGCACAGUGUGAAACAGACACUGACUGGAUUGCAGACCAUUUUAAUUCAGAUUCACGAUUCAGUCUCAGGUGACACCUUCAUUCGCAUGGUUUCCGACCUAUUCGAUUCAUCGCACCACGGUCUUCGACGAAAGGCACUAGAUCUACUAACAGCUAAGCUGAACAGCCUCACCGUAUAUAGCGAGCCUUCCCCCAUUUUGUUUGACUCCAGCAUCAUUCCUGUCGCGGAGGACAAGGUGAAGAAGCGAGCCAAACGUCGCCGCUCUCGUCAGAUUGAUCUAACAUUGCAAUCCGGUCUGGUGCGCUUCACCGCUCAACUUUCCUCGCAGUACGAUCUAGGCUCCUGUUAUGCUCGUGGACAUUCCGGAACCACUGGUACCCCCCAUCCAAAACCUUCGGAUCUACGCGCUUUUGGUUCUUCUUUCUCCAGACAAUGCUUAGCUUGCCUCCGUGAUCUGGCCAGACUUUUGGCCUCUCGUUAUCCUGGUGAAUUUCUUCGGACAAUGGACAUACUGAUAGCAAAUCUCGUCUACUGGUGGCCGUUAUCACCCACGGUUGAUGGGUCUAACCGUCCCCGUGAACCUCGAGGUUCAGGUUUGGCUGAAUCACGUUCUCUUAUGUGCCUUUUCUUCGUGGAAUGCCUACAACGUCUGCCCGCACAAUCGCUUUGCCCGGAUGCUAGCGCCACAGUACAUCGUUUAGGCUCUAUUCUUGCCUUCUCGCUUGAUCACACGAUAACCAGUUGUCAUUUGGCACGUUCACCCACGAUCACGGUCGAGUGGCUUCAACAAUCGGGCAAAGAUGUUGUUUCAUCGACCACCUUGAUGACCGGACUGGUCCAUUCACGACACGAACACUUGUUGGCCGGCCUGACCCUUUUGGACAACCUGCUCGAAUUGGCGGUGGUCAAUCGAAGGAUAGAAGCUAGUUCCUCGGACUCCUCCACAUCCCGUGUGCAUUGGCUUCAAUUCGACUCGGACAAUCGCACCACUUCAGCAACCUAUUCUUGUCGCAUGUCGGACAUUUUACUCCGCCUCGUAUUUCAACUAAGUCAGCUCAACAUUGCUUCUGCCACGGGCGCCAAUCUGGAGCGUUCUGGUCAUACGUUGAGGCAAAUCACCGCUUUCAUUCAACAAAUACGUCAACUGUUGAUGCACGUCACGGAUGUCGGAAACCUUUUGGAGGCUGUACAGCGCAUUCUGAAGGAUGCUUUUAUUCGACCCGAUGUGUUAGUCACACAAGGAGCUCUUCUCUUCUUGGGCGAUUUGGCCGAACUGGCCUUCCGGGAUUCUCGGACCGAACAACCGACCAUUGAGAACCUUCGCAAGGGAUGGAUUCAGAUCUCCACCACUCGUCCGGACUUGUUGCAGCACCUUGUCACUUUCAGUUUACGCUCCACCACUUCUCCUGCGUACUCUAAUACCACAGCACGGAAUGCACUGUAUCAUGCUGUCUCGGCGGUGUUAGCAGCAUCGCCUAGUGAAGUGCGUUUGCGACUUUGCCACAGUGUUUUCGCAUGGGCGGUCACCAUUGGCCAGGACCGUACGGAGAAUAAGUCAGAGCAAGUGGCUUUGAAUGCCUCAUUCGAUCGUCUAUCGAUGACUUUCUGCAUUAUGUCUGGACUCUCGGAUCGCAUUGGUUCCGAAGCCUUUUCCGAACUCAGCAAACAGCUCUGUCUGGUCGAUUAUGUGGUCCUUAGUUUUUACAUAGCCACCGGCCGCAAAUCCAAAGGUAUUCGCAAAUUGGCUGAACGCUUGAGUCUGAAAUCGUGUAUUGGACAGCUAGCUAAUGGAGCGACUGAAGAAGCACUGCGCAUGAUAAGCUCUGCCGUCGAAUGUCUGAGAAAGUGGCUCUUGUGUGAGAUCCAGACUAUCAGGUACUUAGACCUCUCUUCCGGUGGCCACACGGUCCUCGAACUUCCUGCUGCGUUCGUCUCCCUGCUCGAUGUCACAAGUGUUCGAGAUCCAACUGAGCCUAUUGUUGGGCCACCUCCUAUUACGGAAUUCCACCUCGCUCAAGCUCUCGAUGCAUUAGUUGAUUCUAUUGCUGCGGACGAGGCUCUACUUCGCCCGUUAGGCGCUGCUCUUGCUUCACGUGUCAUUCAUGGUUCACAUUGGCGUGUACGACUUGCGGCCAUUCAUCUUCUGAAAAAUACCUUCGAUCGACUGGCCUCCUCAGAUAAUAUUGACGGGAGCAUGCCGGCAACGGCACAUUGUUUGGUUUCAGAUACGUUAUCGGCCUUGUCGGAAGCACUGGAGGAUGAUCGAUCGGAAGUGGAAACAGCGGCUAACAAGCUUUUCGCGGAACUUGAGCAACGAGGCCUCAGCGGUCGGACCGAGUCUUCUUAAUUCCUUCCUCUUCUUGCUUACCGCGUGCUUUCUUUCGCUUUCUUAUCCACCCAUCGACAUCCUUUGUGUACAUUGCGUCCCUGCUCUUGUGAAUAGAUCUAUGCCUGUCUAUGAAA